AUGUCUAGUUUAGCUUCACAGUUACAGUCAAUUAAUGAGAAGACUGCUUCUGUUGCAUUGGAUAGAAAGCAACGUUCAAAGAUACAUUCACGAUCAUUGAUAUUUGAGCCAAAACAAGCAGCAACACAGGACUAUGAAUAUGUUUAUGAAAUUGCUACAGAAGGUCUCGAUGACUUGUGUGAAUUAGACUCUAGAUUUAAUAAAUUCAAACUGACUUUGUUUUCUGAAACUUCUGUCAAUUUGGAUAGAAAUUUACAAACCAAAGAUGUUGUUAGUCAAUUGGAUAAGAAUAUUGAUGCGUUCUUGACAUUAGUGGGUCCUUAUUAUGGGUUGACAUCAUCCUUAAAAGCAGUUGAAUGGCUUGUUAGAAGAUUUCACGCAAACAUACAUAAUGCUGAGCUAAUGAUUUUAACUGCAUUGCCAUAUUUUCAACAGCCAGUAUUUGUGAAGGUAUUGAAUGUGAUUCCAAAACAAAGCUUGCCACAAAUAUUUGAAUGGCUUGUGGGUUAUAAAGAUCAAUUGAAAACCCCGCCAUCAUCGUCCAUCCUCAAGGCUUUUCGCAAUGACUUUCAUUUUUUCAACUUUUACAGUAAGUUUUUGAACGACCAAAUCAGAAAUCAUACAGUUUAUAAAGAGCAAUUGGUUUUCUAUUUAUCUAAUACAGUUCAGCUUUUGGCAUCUUUUUCCAAGAACAUUGAAGAGUUGAAUGAAAACCAUAUUCCUGUGGUUCUUGAGACUACUGCUUUAAUGUUAUCACCACAACAAAAACCCAAAUACUCCUCGUCUAUCAACUCAGACUUAAAAUUGACAUCAUAUUCGAUCAUUUCAGUGCUUAGCUCGAUUUUCCCAUUUUCUCAUGAUAUAUUGAAGUCGUUAACCGUGAGCAUAUUAGAAGAUGAAGAUGCUUUGAAAGAAUUCACCAAACCAACCUUAAUUGUUUUAUCUCAACUAUGGAAACAUUUUCAAGGAGAAUUGAAAGUUAUGCAGGUUUUCAAGAAUUUUAAGAUUGGCCAACACGAGUUGGAAGUUUUGGAUGAAUUAAAGAGCGAAAACUACAAAUUGGCUACGUUCAUCAUGUUGAUUUUCAUCUCAACUUUCCCUUCUAAUGAAUCGUACAAGUUGUUGCCUUUCGUCGAUUUGUCAAAUAAGUUAUUUUUUGAAACUACAACAAAGUUGGUUUUGCAAAAUUCGGCCACACACGAAGAUUCAAUUAGAUCCAACUUGACCAAGAUUGCCCAAUCCUUAAUUAAAUUGGAUCCUAAGUUGUUCCAAACAACUCUUGAAAGUGAGAACUGGAAAAUAGACGAGUUAGAAUUGAAGCUCAUGUCUGUACUUAUCGAAAACAAGAAUGACGAAGCUGAGUUUGAUGCUGGCGAUGAGGAUAAUGCAGUUGAGGAUAUUGAAAUUGUAAGUGCUACUGAUUUUACUAAAUUGCAAUCAACAGCAAAGAGCUAUUUCAAUACGGAAUACGAUGAAGAAUUUAACUUGAUAUUGAAAGAAUUGAAAAGUGUUUUGUCUGAAUCUGAUGCUAAACUACAUGUUUCUGUCAUAUUGUCGUUUUUGCAAAAGGUAUUUACAUCACCAGUGGUGGCAUUGACAUUUGUUUUCCGAGUUGCAUUAACCCCUGCUGUUCCGUUGUCUAUCAGAUUAUCGGCCAUUAAGAUUAUUAGAAUUAAAAUUAGGAAUGCUGCAAAUGGCACAACUGACUUUUACUUGCUAAUUCCAUUUAUAUUGUUAGCAAUGUUUGAUAACUCAAAGUUGAUUAGAUCAGGAUUUGCUCAAAUUUUACGAUUAAUUAUUGAAAUCAAAACUAAGCUUGCCACGGGGGCUACUUUAUUUUUGGAAAAGGAAAUUUAUGGGUCUGUUUCUGACAAGAAAUACCCAACUCCUCAGGACGCCUUGUUUCUUUGCAGUUUGUUGAGUGAAGACAAUGUUAAGGAUAUUGUAUUAGAUCCAUCGAGAGUUACUAAUGUUUUAUUUGACAGUAUCUUUAAAGCAAAGAAUGGAAAAGCUAAACCAGGUAAGUACUUCAGAUUGUUUAUUUUUACUCAGUGGUCGUUAGGCUCGUUGCCAAUUGUUUUAAAAGCAAACGCUUGGAAAAUUGUGGCACAAGUUAACAAAACAGGAACUGAUGAUAGGUUUUUUUUCUUGGAUGGAGACGUUGAAGGUUAUUUUAACAAGCGUAAUGUUUGGAUUGAUCAAGCAUCCAUUGCUGGUAUUUCAUUCUUUGAUAAUGUCGAAGUGUCAAUUGUUGGUUUAGUUGGUGGUGUUACUUCAAAUGAUAAGAAUAGUAACAUAGAGAGUGAAUGGUUGUGUAAAGCAUUGCAAAAUGCAUCUGGAAAUUUACAGAUGACAGCUAAUGAUCGUGUUCUUGACACUUUUGAGGCAUUCAAACCAAUUGAGGCAAGAUUGAAAAUUGUCAAUAAAUUGGUAGAUAUCUUGAUCAAUGAUGAUAUUGUUGAUUUUGAUCCAAUGGCGACAUUACAAGAAUUAAAUAUUGAUCGCAAUUUGUUUUUACAGGCAUUGACGAGUGUACAAAUUGGUGAUCAAAUUCCAGAGCAGGGUAUUGCUAAAAGAAGAAGAAGGUCUUCAAAUUCUACCAAACAAGCCAUGGUGAGAGAUGAAAUUAACAAUAUGGCAUCUGGGCAUUUGAAGAAGCUCACAUUUUUGUUGGAAGUAUUGGAAUCUAGUCUUCGAAAGAAAAGAAAUGUUGCUGGCCCUGAUUUGUUAAAAGUACUAUUCAAAAUUUUGACUGACUUGGAGUACUUGGGGAACGAUGGUAACUUGCCUGUUCUUUAUGCUCAAGAAACAUUAGCAUCAUGUAUGCUUUUGAGUAUUGUUAAUUUAAAAUCAUCUUCUAAAGAAGUCAAGUUUGAUUCUAAUUCGAUUAGAGCAGAUUUAAUUGUUAACUCCAUUAGAGCAUCGCCAUCACCACAAGUUCAAAACAGAUUAUUGUUGGUUAUAGCAGAGUUAGCAACUUUGGCUCCAGAAGUAAUCUUGCAUUCGGUGAUGCCAAUUUUUACAUUUAUGGGUGCUCAUACCAUUAGACAAGAUGAUGAAUUUUCUAGUUCUGCAUUGCAACAAACGGUUGCAAAAGUCAUUCCUGCAUUGGCUUGCAAUGGGUUAUCUCCUGUUAAUAAUGAAAUUGAGUUUUUAUUGGCUAGUUUUGCCACUGCAUUCCCACAUGUUCCAAGACAUCGUCGUGUGAAGUUGUUUGUAUCCUUGACUAAAACUUUGGGCUGUGCUUCCUCUAUGCAUUUAAUUUUGUUUUUGAUGGGUCAACAAUAUGCCAACAAUGUUCAUAAAAAUAAAAAUGGAGACUCACAGUCGGUUGUUGAGUUUGUACAAGGUUAUAUGAAGGCGUUUUCCGCUGAAGAACAGCUUGAGGGAGUUGUUGCAUUCACUAAAUUGUGGAAUGAUAUCCCUCAAAAUCAACUUGAACCUGGCUCAGAAGAGUUUGAAGCUUUGAAUAAUCGUCCAGUUUUCGGUACCACAAUCGUAACAUUGGGUGAACCUGGUUUGGCAGUGUUGAGGGACGAUUUGUUGCAGUUUUUAGUUGAGGUUUUGAAUUCAGAGAAUAAACAUGAGCUUUCUUCAUUGAAAACAAAAAUGGCUUUGGUUUUCAUUGAUGAAGAAGAUAACGAGGCCGUUGAAAAAGAACUGGUUUUAGGUAAGUUCAGAGAAGCUACUUCGUUUACCUUGGCUAGUUUGGAUACUUUUACAAACUCCCAUCCUGACUUCAAGUUAUGUUCUACAUUGUAUGAAUUAUUGGGCAAUUUAUUAGACUUGUUACCUUUGAAUUAUUUCAUUGAUUCAAUUGUCACUUCAUUGGAUGUUGAUACAUUGUCUGACUCCUUGUCGAUAAAAGUUGCUAGAAACUAUGCUGUCUUAGCAAGCAGAAAAUUUGAAACCGAAUUGAAUGUUGCCCAUUGCGACCAAGUUGUUAUUGAAUCCGUAAUUAACAAUUUGUUGCCAGUAUUGAUUAAAGGUAUCAAGAAAAAUAUUGAUGUCGAGUUGCAACAGGCUUACUUGGAUACCUUUUCCACCAUUGUUAAUAAGUUUGGAGCAUCAAGUACUGAGUUUACCCUGGGUGAAGUUUCCAAAGUUCUUAUUGAAUCUUUGGGUAUUGUUACUACAGACCGUGGUUUAUUGAAUGAACAACCAGAAGUCAUUAUUGCUUCCAUAAACGCUAUCACGAGCAUUGUUGAUAUUUUGGGAGUUAAGACACUUGGUUUGUUUCCUAAAGUUGUGCCCCCUGCCCUUAAAAUUUGGGAAUCAACUAACUCAUUGGAAGACAAGGAAAGUGCUAAAUUGUUGCAAGGUUCAGUGUUGGCUUUAUUCUCAUGUUAUAUAAAAAAGAUUCCUGCGUUUAUGUCAACUACUUUAGAAGCUGUUUUGGUUACUAUUUUGUCUAGUGAUUUGAUUGAUAACCAAAUUAGAUCUAGUGUUUUGGAUUUGAUUGUUGACCAUAUGGACUUGGCUCAAGUUUUGAAAUCGUUAUGUAACGUUUGGCUUGUCAAGAAGUUUUACACGAAUGACAAUUCAGGAAACAUUGGUUUAUUUUUAAAGACUUUACAAGCUACAAUAGACAAAAUGGAGAAGAAGCAGGCCACGACUCAGGCAACAUUAUUUAUGAGAUGGCUUAUCAGUGCCUUUGAAUUCAGACAGUAUUCUGAAGAUGAUGAUAAUAAGUUUGACAACAACACAAUUCAUAGAUUAGAAAGCUCUUUCCAUGGGUGUGCCAUAGCUUUUGUUAUGAAAUUGAACGAUAAAAGCUUCAGACCAUUGUUUGCAAACUUGGUGAGAUGGGCUGUUGAUGGCGAAGGCGCCACGUUGAAAACUAAUGAAGUCUCUAGGUUGUUGGCAUUUUUCCGUUUCUUCAACAAAUUGCAAGAUGAAUUGAAGAGUAUUAUUACGUCCUAUUUCUCAUACUUGUUAGAUCCAACGUCGGCGUUAUUAAAGAGAUUUAGCGAAGGUAGUCUUGUUGCAACCAAUUUGAGAAGAAUAGUUUUGAUUGGGUUAACUUCUUCGUUUAAAUAUGAUCAAGACGACUACUGGUCACAACAAGGAAGAUUCGACAGCAUUUGUUCUCCAUUAUUAAGCCAAUUAUCCAACAUUGAAGAUUCCAUUGGUAAAUACUUGGUUAAAUCAAUUAGCACAUUUGUCACUGAUGUUUCCUCGGACGAAUACAAUGAAACGUUGGUACACGAAUUGAUCAAGUACAUUUCCAAUGCUAAUGAAAACUCUGCGGCUACCAAGAUCUGGAGUAUUCGUACAUUGAAAACGAUUUUCCAGAAGAUGGGAGAACAGUGGUUGUCUUACUUGCCAACGUUGGUUCCAUAUAUUGCAGAAUUAUUAGAGGAUGACGAUGAAGAAGUCGAAAUGGAAGUUAGACGUGGUUUGGUUAGAGUUAUUGAAAAUGUUUUGGGUGAGCCAUUAGAUAGAUACUUGAGUUAA